UUUACUUCGACAUCACGUUUGUCUCCUGCCACCAUCGCCAUCCGCCAAAAUGUCACGACAGAAGACCGUGGCACACUACACUCGGAUCCUGUCUCAAUGGCCAGCCGAUGUUCUUCGUCCCGAACGCACAUUCGCCGACGGCGUCCUCAAACCACGCCUCUCAAAGCCGCCAGCUACUUUCCGCUCCGAAGACAAGGAAAUCAAUGCCGCAUACCUCCUCAUCGGCGACGCAUUUCGCAAGCAGUACCCACUUCCAGCAAGCUUGAUGAAGCCUGCUAGCCAGCCCGAAUUCUACGACAAUCUGGCCCGUGAAUUGAAGGAGCUGCCAUCGAGGAGCAUGUUUGGCGCUUGGGUCAAGAGGAUGAAGAACAUGAUUCGAUGGAAAUGAAGGCAUAUCGCGAUCAGGUUGGCGAUCACGUUGAGACUGUGCAGAUUGAAGGCUGCUUUACACGGCCUACCAAUUUGCAAGUCUCGGCAUUCUCGCAAGACAUAUCCACUCGAACGCCUCUACGCAACACAUUCUUCACGGCCUUGCUGCAACUCAGAGCUCAUCUCUCGAUUUCAACAGCUGUUCUUGACAUGUUUUUGGUCAACCCUCGAGCACCCAGGAAGUGUAUCACGAUGGAGGACAAGCAGCGAUGAAGGACGGCGAGGUCGAUGUUGCGGAGUGGGCGUGGCACAUCAGGCAUACGGCAGCGACUCCGGCUACCAUACGAAUAUGCUGAGUAGGCCAGAACAGACGAGAUGAAGCACUCACAUGAUCUAAUGCC